CGCAACAAACACACCUGUGCCGGUGUAACAGGAAGUUCAGCCACACCACUGCAUCUGAAGUUCGUCCCUUGGCUUUCCUUUCAUUCUCCAUUCCAGGCUCAUUUGCUAUUUAGAUGAAGACGGAACAAAAUCGAGAAACGAUGUUCUGGAGACUUAUGUUAGUGACAGCAGUGGCUCUCGAGCUUGGAAGUAUUGUUGUAUCAGCUGCAGUACAGUGUCCUGCACAUGCCAAGUGCAUGGACUGUAUAAAUGACAGAAACUGCAUGUGGGUGAAAUGUGCAAAUGCUUCUGGAACUUCUGUGAAGUUUUGUGUGAACACCACAGACAGCCGUGCUGUUGGAUGUAUAGAUGUUGACACCUGUGCAGCUCCUGCAAACAUAUCUACAACUACAGAAAAUCCUGUGACCACUACUAAUACCACAGAGACUUCUGCAAAUGUCACUGUGACCACGCUUACCCCCACCCCAACCAAAAGGACAUACACCUUUGACGCGGCCAGUUUCAUUGGUGGAAUUGUACUGGUGCUAGUACUGCAAAUCCUGAUCUUCUUCAUCUACAAGUUCUUCAAGUUCAGAGAUAUCAACUACGGCACCCUCUGAGCAGACUAGAGCAAAUAGACCCAGUAAUUGUCCAUUGUCCCAACAUCUGCUCACAAUUUUUGAAUUGCAGCAUAAGCUGAUGCCUGCUGCUAGAUUUUUGGACAUUUAUGGAUGAAUUGCAAUACUUUAUCCUCCCAUUAAAAGGCAUCAGUGAAUUGCUCCAGGUUUAGGUUUCUGUAGAGAGCCUGUUAGGUGUGCUGCAGAGGUCUGUCAGCUAUCAUUUCAUUUUAUGGCAGUAAGCAAACACUAUUUGACAAUUUCAUUGCUCACAUUCUAGUCUAUUUGCUCUUGAAGGGUCAGAUUUGUGAUGAAGCACCAUCUGAGCUUCAGAUGGUAAUGAGAACUGUGUGAGGGGCAGUGGAGAGGUAGACAAUGAUAAACGAGCCAUGCCUCACGAGACUCAACUGGACAGGCACUAAACAGAGGAGUCCCCAAAGCUCAUGAGGAAUUUUCAUUGUUCUAGAACAGUACAGACCCAUUGGGAAGCUGAAUUGCUGCACUUGUGUUGUUUAAUGCAGCUGAAAUGCCAGGUAGAAUUACACUGCACUGUGUCCUUACCUUUUUUACUAGAUUGGCUACUCUUAACAAGUUACUUUUGAACAUAAUUGUUAAACAAUUUUCUCCCUUAAGUCAUGUCUUUGCAUUGUAGGUAUAGUGAAUCGGUUUGUCUUUUAUGAGAAGCUGUAAUUAUUGAAUAUUAAAUUGAGUAAAUAUUUAAGCUUUGUCUUCCUGUAUCUGGAGUCAAUGGUCAAUUCUUAAACUCUAUAGUUUGUUUAGCUUUUUGAGGUAAUGCUUUAGAAUGUUUUACAGGCAUGUUCCCUUUGUAAUACUAAAUAAAGACCCACUCCAGCAGUGGUGGUGUUUCCAAUCAAUGUAAUACCAAUGCCAUCAAAGCAACAGAGCUGUUACAGUAUGUAAGAUUCCAGUGUCAUUGCUGCUUGUGUAAAAUGAUUUUAAUUCCUAGCCCAGGUAAAUGAGUGACAAAUUACUAUUAACCCAAAGUGUUUAAAAUCAAUAUUGACUCAUGUUUAUGAUUGUCUCAUGUUCUGAUAUUCAAAAAUUGAGUGUUCCUAUUCUGUUUACUUUUGAGGGUCAGAUACGUUUUACAAUCUGUAUUGGUGAGUGAAAUGAGCCAAGUUAUUUCAUUAAAAAGGUGAAGAAAAUA